AUGUCUAUCCUAGCACGCCCCCCGAAGCGCAAACUGCACGAGGUCGAGGCGCUGCAGGAUGAUCCUCGAGAGUAUAGCCCCAGUGGCCUCGCCUCGUCCAUCACAUCCAUGUCACGGCCACCCUCUCGUCGAUCAAGCGAGCACCGAGAAGCAUCCGACUCGCAUUCGCUGCCUUCCUUGCGGGAACUUCACUCCAAUCGCGGAUCGCCCGUCAUGUUCGAGAAUAGUCACCUCCAGACCCAUCGUACUUUCAGUCAGAAGGCAUCCAUCGUGUUGAUCGGAAUCCGCGGGACGGGCAAGUCCAGUCUGGCGGUCAUUCUCGCAGCGACCUCCGGCCGGCGCUUGAUCGAUGCAGACCGCUACUUUCAACAGAUUGUGGGAUGUUCCCGUGCUACCUUCAAGAAGGAGAAUGAUGGUUUCGUAUACCGACAACAAGAGGCACGGGUUAUGGAGUCAAUGCUGGCGGACAACCAAGAGGGAUGUGUGAUUGCAUGUGGGGCCGGAUCGAUGGAGCGCAACGGACAAAGACUUCUCAGGGAGUACGCCCAAACACAUCCAGUGAUCCACGUCAUUCGGGAUCCGGAGAGCAUUCAGUCUUACCUCAAGGCCUGGGAUACACAGAAGGUCCGCCACUUUCUCGAGAUAUCCGGCCCGAUCUACCGAGGUUGUUCCAAUCUCGAGUUCUUCAAUCUCUCGGAGACCAGAAGCGACAACGUGGACAAGGACAAUAGCAAUGCUUCCCAAGCUCAUAAAAUCGAACCACGAUCACAUACCCCCAUCCCGUUCUUGACUCUAAAACGAGUGCAACGGGACUUCCUCCGCUUCAUUGCCUUCAUCACUGGCGAUAUCGCCGAGCUGAACAGUCAGCAUGCCUCUUUUCCUCUCUCGUUGCUACCUGUGGAAUCUCGGACGUACACAUCCGCUGUCUCUGUUCCACUCUCUAAGCUGGGUGAGAAAGGUAUCGAUAUCGAAGAGCUAGAGUUCACUACCGAUGCUUUUGAGCUGGCAAUCGACGUUGCUGACCCUUCGGCUCAGCCGGAACUUGACUCAAAUAUCGCGGACAACAUCAGUCAAGCCGUGGCGACUAUUCGUCGUAACAUCAUCGUCCCCUUGAUUUACCACGUUGAAAGUUAUACCACACCUGGCGGUACCUCAUCACCCACACGCGCUCCUGUACGCUGCACCGACGAAACUUAUUUGAACCUUGUUCGCCAUGGGCUGCGACUCUCUACGGGAUUUCUAACUGUGGACCUUUCCCGUGAUGAUCACAUUAUCUCCCAGAUCAUUUCCGCAAGCGGACGAACUAGAAUCAUUGGCCACUUCGAAGCCUUUCAACCUCUACCGGGAGGCUGGGAUGGAGAUGAAUAUAUGAAAGUCUACGAACGGGCUAAAAGACUGGGAUGUGAUGUUGUGCGGUUAUUCCAGCCCGCUGAAUCUGCAGAAGACAAUCUGGCAGUGCAGCGUUUCCGUCAUCGAGUCCAAAGUCUGCCCGUUUCGGGUCUUCCCUUAAUUGCCUACAACACAGGUCCCCUCGGCCGCAUGUCUCGCUGUUUCAAUCCAAUUCUCACCCCUGUCACACACCCGUCCUUGACCACUCAACCCUCGACUCAACUACGCUCAGAUAUCACAGCCCGCGAAGCACAGCAGGCACUCUACAGCUCCUUUGCGUUAGAUCCGAUGCAGUUCUUCGUUUUUGGUGCAAACACUACAUACAGUAUGUCCCCCGCGAUGCACAACACAGCAUUCAAAAUAUGUGGCUUGCCACACAAGUAUUCCAUCCACCAAUCGCCUACUUUACGUGGCUUGAACGAUCUAGUGGAGAAUCAAUACUUUGGCGGAUCAAGUGUCAGUCUUCCAUACAAGACUGAGUGCAUUCCUCUGCUCCAUUCAAUGUCUACACACGCCCGGGCCAUUGGUGCCGUCAAUACCCUCAUUCCUAUCCGAAAUUUCAGUGACACCAACAACCUCCUUCUGCAAGAAUCAUCAGUGUUCCUUGAAAAGAGUCAUGCAGGCCCUAUCAAAGGUCUACAUGGUGACAACACCGAUUGGAUUGGUAUUUGCAACUGUAUUCGCCGGGGUCUGUCUCCUGCGAACGCAGUACGGCCAUCAUCUACUGGGCUUGUCAUCGGAUCCGGUGGAAUGGCUCGUGCUGCAAUAUACUCCAUGAUUCAUCUCGGCGUGCAGAACAUCUUCAUCCACAACCGCACCCUCGCCAACGCGGAGAAGCUGGCACAUCAUUAUAACCGACAAGACCUCCACCCCAAAGAAGCACACGGAUCUGGCCGUCCCACUGUCCGCAUCGUCGCUUCGCUAUCCGACCCCUGGCCUGCAGAUUUCAAGCAACCCACCGUUGUCGUCUCAUGUAUCCCAGCUCACAGUAUCGGCGGCCAGCCAGCACCUAACUUCCAUAUGCCUACUCAGUGGUUAGAAAGUCCGACAGGUGGUGUGAUCAUUGAACUCGCAUACAAACCCCUGAAUACCCCUCUCAUGAAACAAACUCGCGCCCUCUCCCAUCGUGGAUGGGUAGCAUUGGACGGCCUUGACGUCCUUCCCGAACAAGGAUUUGCUCAAUUCGAGCUAUUCACAGGCCGUCGCGCGCCCCGUCGUGUAAUGCGGAGUAUCGUGCUCCAGGAGUAUAAAGACGAUGAAGGAAAUGAUGACCAUGACGCGAUUCAAGAUCGGCUGCAGCAGAUGGACGGGCAGCCAACUUGA